AUGGUUGCCACCGUUCUCAGUAAAGCAGAGAUGUCAAAGAUGGUCCGCGAGUGCGUACCCGACGCAGACGACGCCAUCAUCGACUACAUCGUCGGCUACCUCGACGAAAACUCGACCCUCGGCGACGACGAGGACGCCAUCGCAGAGUUUGUCCGCCCUCUUCUGGAAGACGCCGGUGGUGAGCCCGACGCCAUUGACGCCCUUUGCAACCGCUUCCAAUCCAUGUUCGAUUCCCAGGAGCGCCACACCAGCAAGAGUGUCGGAUCCGACGGCUUGGCAAAGUUGCUGGAGAAGCCCGUGCACAUGUUGAGCCAGGACAGCGUCUCGGCUACCGGCAAGAUCGGAGCCCGCACCGUCGAUCUCGAGGCCCUCUCUGGACGCAAGAUCCUCUCGCAGGUCGAUACCAAGAAGCUGGAGAAGGCCGAGGCCAAGAUUGCGGCCAAGAUGGCCAAGCGCACGGCCCGUGUCGACUACGCAGCCAGUAAGUUGCUGGACAAGAAGGAAGACGUCGACAUGUUGGCCGUCAACCCCAUUCUGGAUUACACCUCCACCAAGGGCAAGCUCAAGGACGUCAAGCUGGAGAACUUUGAUAUCUCAUUUGCUGGAAAGCGUAUCUUGACCAACGCCAACCUCACCCUCGCCUUUGGACGUCGUUAUGGUCUUGUCGGUCGUAACGGUAUCGGAAAGUCGACCUUGCUUCGCACCCUCUCCCGCCGUGAGCUCAACGUCCCCACCCACAUCAGUAUUCUUCACGUCGAGCAGGAGAUGGCUGGUAGCGAUACCGAGGCUCUUCAGGCUGUGUUAGCGGCUGAUCAGUGGCGCGAGCAUUUGUUGGGCGAGGAGAAGCGCUUGAACACUUUGAACAUGGAUAUGGAGAAGGGCUUGCAGGAGGGCGACACCCGCUCCAAGGAGGAGUUUGAGCAGGAUCGUGAGAAGGCCAUGGUAGAUCUCAAGGAUGUUUACUCCAAGUUGGAGGCCAUUGAGUCCGACAAGGCUGAAGCUCGUGCUGCAUCGAUUCUUGCCGGUCUUGGAUUCACUCCCGACAAGCACCAUAACCCUACAAAGAGUUUCUCCGGAGGAUGGCGUAUGCGUCUCGCUCUUGCCCGCGCCCUUUUCAACAAGCCCGAUCUGCUGCUUCUUGAUGAGCCUACAAACAUGUUGGAUAUCCCUGCCGUUAUCUGGCUGGAGAACUAUUUGAAAACUUGGCCCAAUACCCUACUUGUCGUUUCUCACGACCGAGAAUUCUUGGAUGAGGUCGCUACGGAUAUUUUGUACCAGCACUCUGAGCAAUUGGAUUACUACAAAGGCAACUUUACGCAGUUCCAUACGACCAAGGCUGAGCGUCACAAGGCCCAGCUUCGCGAGUAUGAGAACCAGGUUCAGUACCGCGCUCACUUGCAGGCUUUCAUCGACCGCUGGAGAUACAACGCCAACAGGGCCGCCCAGGCGCAGAGUAAGAUCAAGAUUCUGGAAAAGUUGCCAGAGUUGGAGCCACCAGAGGUCGAGAACUCGAUCUUCUUCAAGUUCCCAGAUCCCGAGAAGCUUGGACCACCAAUUUUGCAGAUGACAGACUGCACGUUCGGAUAUAACGCCGAGAAGAACAUUCUGGAGCACAUUUACCUGGACAUGCAAAUGGAUUCGCGUAUUGCUGUGGUUGGUCCCAACGGAGCUGGUAAGACUACGAUGUUAAAGUUGUUGACAGGCAAGCUCGAGCCUCAGAAGGGUCUUGUCCAUCGUCACGGACGUCUUCGUUUCGCCCUGUUCAGUCAGCAUCACGUGGACCAACUGGAUGUGAACCUGACCUCGGUCGAGUUUAUGGCCAAGAACUGGCCAGGAAAGAGCGAGGAGGAGUACCGUCGUCAGUUGGGAUCAUUUGGUAUCACUGGUAUGGUCGGUCUUCAGCAAAUUGCCACACUUUCUGGAGGACAAAAGUCAAGAGUCGCUUUUGCCUGUCUCGGACUCCAGAACCCUCACUUCUUGAUUCUUGAUGAGCCUACUAACCAUUUGGAUAUGGACUCGAUUGAUGCGUUGACGAGUGCAUUGAGCCAGUUCCAAGGAGGAGUUGUUAUUGUCUCCCACGACGAGCGAUUCAUCAAGGCUGUCUGCAGCGAGCUGUGGGUCUGCGAGGGAGGCAGUCUCAAGAAGUUCCAGGGAGAUGGUAUCAAGGAGUACAAAGAGUACGUUCUCUCCAAGGGUCUCUAG